AUGAGCUCGUUUUUAAUGAACCCGGUAUCAACCGGGGGAGGAGGUCUUCCGUAUCAACAACCGCAGCAUCAUCAAUUGACCGUUGUUGACCCAAAAUUUCCACCGAACGAAGAAUAUAGUCAGAGUAAUUAUAUCCAACCCGGAGGCGAACCGUUUUCCGGCCAUUUACAUCACCAUCACCAUCUCAAUCAGCAUCAUCUCCAAUAUGGAUAUCACCAUAAUCCUGCGCAUCACCACCAGAAUGCUUAUGGCAUGCAGGUCAAUGGUGGCUACGCGCCUUACGGAUACGGUUACCACAGCACCCCAACGCACCAUCAUCAAUUACACCAGCACCAUCAGCAGCAUCAACCGACGCAGCUGCGAAAUGCUGGCAAUAGUCUGCAGCAACACCCUGAUGCAGCAGCAUGUAGUCCGGUGAGCGCGCAGCAUGAAUGCAGCAGCAGCGCGUCGCCUCCGGGUCCAGCAGUCGGCGCCACCAUACCUUUGCAGGAACUCGGCAUGCGGCUUGAUAGGCGCAUCGAGGAAGCAGCGCCGACGGGACAGCAGCUGCAGGAACUGGGAAUGCAUUUGGAGGAUCCCCCGUCGGAUCAGGACGAUCUGGACGAUGAUCGGCUCAUGAUGGACGGAUCGCCUGCCAUGGAUGACGACGAUGAUCACGAUGACUCCGAAAAUGGAGACCGUGUAAUAUACCCGUGGAUGAAGAAAAUACAUGUUGCUGGAGUUGCGAACGGGUCGUUUCUGCCGGGCAUGGAACCGAAACGACAACGCACUGCAUACACGCGGCACCAGCUGCUCGAAUUGGAGAAGGAGUUCCACUUCAACCGCUACCUGACGCGGCGGAAGCGCAUCGAAAUCGCUCACGCCCUGGUGCUGUCCGAGCGGCAAAUCAAGAUCUGGUUCCAAAACCGCAGAAUGAAAUGGAAAAAAGACAAUAAAUUACCCAAUACCAAGAACGUUAGGAGGAAAACAAAUCCUGCAGGAGUCACGACGACCAAACCAGGUUCUGGAGGAAAAAAUAGCCGAAGCAAGAAUUCCAACAACAACGACAAAAAGAAGGCGAAUAAUAAUGGUAUAGUCACAUCUUCUGUAGAAUCAGCGGACGCAAUGCUGGACGACUUAGGAGUUAACUUGGGUCAACAUCCAGGAAUGAUGCACACGCAUCCAGGAGGCACCGGUAUGUCCCAUUCGCAUCCCAUGCACGGAGGAUUGAUUCCUGGAGAACAUUUAGCGGCUCUUGGACAAAUUACACCCCUAACCCCAUCUUCGUCGAGUGGCGGACUUGCGGCAUCUGUACCUUCUAAUUGCACGCCCAGCCAAGGGGUUCCUCAAGUCACUAUCAAAUCUGAUUAUGGCCUUACGGCGUUGUAA